CAUAAAUAAAUUUUCACAAUAAAAACCCUAGAACACACCAAAUCUCAGUUGCAGCCGCUGUUGCGUUUCUCUUCUAUAAGAAUCAACUUCGAUUCGAUUCUCUCUGUACUCAUCUCUCCGGAAAUCUCCGCCGGAGUUCUCCGCCGCCAGAAACAGUCACAAAGUUGGUCCAGAAGUUGGUGAUCAGGAACUCCUUUUUUCUUCGUCUGUUUUGUUGACCAAGUGACCGGCAAAAUGGAGGAUGAUUGGGAGGAAGAGCAAUUGGCACCUAUUGAUCUUAAGUUACAAGAGCCACCUAAACUUAAAUGGGAAGAUGAAGAUGUGGAUGAAGAUGAAGUGAAGGACUCAUGGGAGGAUGACGAUGAGCCCGCUCCUGCACCUGUAGCACCUCCAGUUAAAACAACUGAAAAGGCUCCUAAAAAAACUUCUGAAAAAGCUACUGAAAAGAAGGGGAAGAAAGUAGAACCAGAAAAGGAAGAACCACUGGAUCCCUUGGCUGAAAAACUUCGUCAACAAAGACUAGUUGAAGAAGCAGAUUACAAGUCCACUAAAGAAUUGUUUGGUGGAGCUGUUGAGGAAAAGAACAUUGAUACUUUUAUACCGAAAUCUGAGAGCGACUUCAAUGAGUAUGCAGAGCUCAUCGCACGCAGGCUUCGUGCUUUUGAGAAAAGUUAUCAUUAUAUGGGUCUACUGAAGGCGGUAAUGAGAAUAUCAAUGACUUCUCUAAAAGGAGCAGAUGCCAAAGAUAUUGCAUCUUCCGUGACUGCCAUUGCAAAUGAAAAGAUAAAAGCAGAGAAAGAAGCCAAUGCUGGUAAAAAGAAGACAGGUGGCAAGAAAAAACAGCUUACUGUCGACAAACCUGAUGAAGAUUUUGUUGCUGCUGAUCGGUAUGAUGCAUUGGAUGAUUAUGAUUUCAUGUGAAUUUUUUUGGUUCAGUUUGAUUCACAGAUUAUUCAGCAACGGGAUUCAACAGUUUCAACAUUGGAAGUAGGGACAAGACCCUUCGGCAUAACUUGUUCAAAAUUGAAGAGUUUUGUCCUGCAUUUUGUCCAAUAAGAGUGUGCAUCAGUGUCUCUUUUUUGUCUAUUUUUCAAACCAUUAUACUUGGAAGUUGGUCUUUCACUAGAUGAUUUAUAUAAGUUAAAAGUUUGAAGAUGGAAUGUAAACAUUAGACCUCGCUUUUACCUGGGUACAUUGAUGUUGGAUUGUAAGAAUAGAAAUUUGCCUUUUUUUCUUUUUCUUUCUAAAAGUUGAAUAAGUCAUAGUUUAUUUGUCAAGGAUGGGUGUUUUUUCCAACAGUUUGUCUACAAGUUGAUUAAGGUGCCGUGGAAGAUAAGCUACUUAUUGCAGAUGAGUUUA